AUGCACAGGCAGGGAGGAAGAACAGUCCGAAACAAGCACACAUGCACAUACACUCACUCACAUGCACUAUCACUCACUCACGUAUCACAGAUCAUAAAGCAAGUAGGUGUGACAGCAAAGUGUGAUACAGGCAGGAAAAUAGAAAGUGUACAGAGAGCAAGAAAUAAAAAUAAAAAAGUGAAGAGAAACAAAAAAAGAAAAAGAGAAAUAAAGGAACAAAACAAGAGACAAAGCAAUCAAAAGAAGAGACAGCACACACCGGGACAAGCACGGACAGGCAGAGGGUGGCAAGACAGAGCACACACACCCACCCACACACCCACUCACACAGGCAGGCAGCAAGAGCAGGCAGCAGGCAGGCAGCAAGAAAGAGCCCGCCAAAGUGAAAAUAUUUUAAUUAAUAUUCCAGGGCACAGAGGAAGUAACAAAAAGCAAGAAGAGACAGCCCGAGAGUGUGGCAUACACUGUGUGACGGGCAGGGAGAGGGCGUAUGAGCAGGCAGGGCAGAGGGGAGAGUAAAGAAGAAGAGA